UGAUCAUGCAACCCCAAAAAUACAAAAAUCUGAACUAUCCCUUUUAAAGUAAUCACGUGAUGUGCACAGAGACCAUCUUACCUGGAAUGUGAGUGAACUAACUAACUUGUGUUGUGUUGCAUUCAUAGAAGAAAAACAGGGAGCAUUUUCUAAAGAAACGGAAUAAGAGGACAGGUGAUAGCAGUAUGUCUGUUGCAACAUUUUUAAGAUUUUUUUAAGCUAUUUUAAUGCUUCAGUUCCUUUAUAAUACUUUAACACUUACGUGCCUUAUUCAGUAAACAUAAACACAACACAGACACAAAUCAGAGGGUGUGUGUGAGAAGCUUUGAUGGAUGUUUACAGAGAACUAUGAGAGUCCAUGCAAGGACACAGUGUUGAAUGCUUUGCGUGAGAGGGGAUGACAUUAAGCUUGUUAAUAGUUUUUUUUUUUUUAAUUCAAUGCUAUUUAUUGCUAAAACAACACUUUUCUGUCUUAUUCGGGAAGAGAUCACACAGCAGACUCUCAGCAGUCUGACCGAUUAUGGCGUGUGUUGUGUGUGUGUGUGUGUCCUGAUAACAUCCCGACAGACUGGCCUCUAGCCAGCCAUGGGCAAACUCACCCUGCUGUUUGAUGUCGAGGGUUGGCUCCAGGCAGACCAACCAUUGUGUCCCAAACAAUGAACCCCAGAGCCACUGAACUAUAAACAUGUCCCUUUGGGGGGCGUUUUCCUCAGAUUCUGUGCAGGAGACACCCAAAGUCAGGAAACCUGACCUGACUUUUCCAAAUUUAGCAACUCUAAAGCCUCAAAUGCUGCUGACUUGGCAUCCAGAAUUGCCUGUCUGCUUCUCCAAUAAUGUAAUAAUACACUUGGAAUGUUGACUGAGUCUCGAGUCUGGGGUCUUAUCACAUCUUGUAAUCCAGGAAAUUUGGUUAAAUUCCAUAUCAGGAAUAAAAAAACGUUGCCUCACUUGAUAUGUUUUUGUAAAAUUGACAACUGGUGGUUAUUUAUCAGGGGGGAAGGGGGUGGUGCAUAACAAUAUCAAAUAUUGUUUUAAACACUGGGGCAGGACUUUUUAAUUAUGGCUUAGAGGAGAAGCAUACAAAUUUAAAUGGCUGCAUUUUGUAUUUAUUUUUUAUUGCUGAUUUUUACAGAAAACAAGCCAAUCCUGCCGGUUUGGAAGGCAUGUUGCCUUUACAAAUCACCAAAAUUUCACCAUUUAUCAUAGCCAGAAACUGUAAAAAGCAUUGGCUUUUCAAAUUCUUGAUGUUCCUUGAACACAUUAUGUUGAAAGAAAUGCUUCCAUCAGAAAAAAACAUAACCAAAUCUAAGCUUAAAUAGUGGUGUUUCAUCAAAAUCAAUUUAUUCUACAUGUCUCAUUUCAAAUUUUGCCAAAUGUAAACUGUCCACAUCACCAAGGUUUUUUUCAACUCCAGGAUUUUAUCUCCAGCUUUUAACUUCAACUUUCAAACAUCAAAGGGUGAGUUUUUUGAAAAUAACUAAUUUAUGAUGGAGUAUGAUGGAGUCAAGUAAAAACAUUUGUAGCUUCAGGGAAGGUCAAACAAAAAGAGAAGAAGUGAAGAACAGUCCCUUACUGAUCUAUAUACUGUUGCAUUACAUUCACACAGUCUUGACACAGUUGUAGAGUGUGGCCUAGUUAUUAAGACACUCCUUUAUCUAAAGGACCUGGUCUCUAUCGCAUAUGUUCGCAAGCAUCUGCCCUACUGAGGUGUCCCUGAACCUGAGCAUCAAACUCAGUCACAGGAGUCAGAAUUAGACUGUUGUCAUCUCAGUGAUUUGCCCUGCAGUACCCACUGUCCACCAGCUGUGGUCGCUGCUGAGAUCCCUCAGUGUACAGAGGCCUUCCGGUUCCUCUGGCAGAUCAGCUGACUCUGAUGCUGCUGUCAGGAGACCUCACCAACUGUACUGAAUGGCAACUUUGAAAAUCAUCAAGCCAUAGAAACACUAUUAACAACUACAUUUUUCACGUUAACGGCCACACUUGUUAUUCACAGUUAUUUCUAGCUGCACCAGUGCUGUAACCAUGACAGAGUUUUGGUUGAUCUCUGCUCCGGGAGAGAAGACCUGCCAGCAAACAUGGGACAAAAUGAUGGCAGCCACUACACGUACCAACAACCUUUCCACCAACCACAAGUUCAACAUCCCAGACCUCAAGGUGGGGACACUCGAUGUCUUGGUCGGGCUGUCGGAUGAACUGGCCAAGUUAGACUCCUUUGUUGAAAGUGUGGUGAAGAAGGUUGCUCAGUACAUGGCUGAUGUGCUGGAAGACAGUCGAGACAAAGUACAGGAAAACCUGCUGGCCAACGGAGUUGAUCUUGUCACCUACAUCACACGAUUUCAGUGGGACAUGGCAAAAUAUCCCAUCAAACAGUCACUUAAAAACAUCUCUGAAAUCAUCUCAAAGCAAGUUACCCAGAUUGACAAUGACCUGAAGACCAGAGCAUCAGCUUAUAACAACCUGAAGGGAAACCUGCAGAACUUGGAAAGGAAGAAUGCGGGGAGCUUGCUGACCAGGAGCCUGGCUGACAUAGUCAAGAAGGAAGACUUUGUACUUGACUCAGAGUACCUCAUCACUCUGCUAGUAGUCGUACCAAAGACGGCAUACACUGACUGGCAGAAAACAUAUGAAACGCUGGCUGAGAUGGUGGUGCCUCGAUCUUCAAAUCUGCUAUUUGAGGACAAUGACAGCGGACUAUUCAGUGUCACUCUAUUUAUGAAAGCCAUUGACGACUUCAAGCACAAAGCCAGAGAGAACAAGUUCACAGUGAGAGACUUUCAGUACAAUGAGGAGGAGAUGAAGGCGGACAAAGAGGAGAUGACUCGGCUCUCCACAGAUAAGAAGAAGCAGUUUGGCCCACUUGUCCGAUGGCUGAAGGUGAACUUCAGUGAAGCCUUCAUCGCGUGGAUUCACAUUAAAGCACUAAGGGUCUUUGUGGAAUCUGUUUUAAGAUAUGGGCUGCCGGUGAACUUCCAGGCCAUGCUCCUGCAGCCAAGCAAGAAGAACAUGAAGAAGCUGAGGGAGGUGCUGAAUGACCUGUACAAACAUCUGGACAGCAGUGCAGCAGCUAUCAUUGAUUCUGCGAUGGACAUCCCGGGUCUAAACCUGAGCCAGCAGGAGUAUUAUCCUUACGUCUACUACAAGAUUGAUUGCAACCUGUUGGACUUUAAAGUUUAACACUUAUUGUCUUUAUCUUGAGUACUGAUUAAGUUGGACCUUUCCUGGUGCAAACCUCCUCCUCCUCCCCCGCUGUGUGUCUCCUCACUGUCCCAUCUCCCAAUCAGCUGCUUGAGCGACAACGCUGCAUGUUCAUUCCUUGUGGUGAAAAAGCUCGUCAGCAAGCUUCUUCCACUUUUACAAGCAAGGAACAAAAAAAAAGGACUUUUAAUUAUUGUUUUUGUUUACAGUUUGUUUUUCUUCUCAAGCCACACAGAUAAUUAGCUUUUUUUGACGUGAAGUGGAUAAACAAAUCAUUUUGGAAAGUUGUAUAUUUACUGUCAUUCCAUUGCUGGUGUGUAUUGAUAGCUUGUGUAUCGAUGUUCAGAGAUUUAUGUUUACAUACUGGCGAUGCUAUCACCGUACCCAUGGCAAACAGAUCAGAUGUGUGUUUCUGAGACUGCAGGGUCACCCUUGCAGACACUGUGCAACAAAGAUGUGAUAUGAGUGUGUGUUGUUGUCUCAUGUUGUGUAUAUUUGCUGUCAAAUAAGAUCUGUAUCAGAGUAUUGUGUAAGCCAUUGAUUGAAUUAAUAUGAUUGAUGAAUAAAUCAUAUCAAACAUGUGAAUUUGUCAACUGCUGAAUAAAUGAGCAUGUAUGUAUAUAA